AUGCUUGAGGAAGAAUCAUUUCAGGUAAGAUUUGUACACUCUAAGCACAGUUGUGGUCGGAAAUACAGAAACACAAUAGUCAACUCCACUUGGAUUACGAACAAGCUAAUUGACAAGUUCAGGGUUCAGCCCAACAUGCCUUUGGAAGUAAUCCAAAAUGAAGUGAAAGACAAAUGGCGUGUGGAUGUAAAUCCAACUAUGAUGUACAGAGCUAGGAGGAAGGCCAAGCAAAAGUUAUAUGGGAAUCUUGAGGACCAAUAUCGGAGGUUGUGGGACUAUUGUGAAACCUUGAGGCAUACUAACAGUGGAAGCUGUGUUUUGAUGAAAGUGGACAGACCAAACCCAAACUUGCCUCCAAGAUUUGGAAGAUUGUAUGUUUCUCUGGCAGGCAUGAAGAAGGGCUUUCUAGAGGGUUGCCGGCCUUUCAUAGGGGUAGAUGGGUGCUUCCUAAAAGGACCAUUCAAGGGCCAACUUCUGUCUGCAGUUGGAAGAGAUGGGAACAACAACAUGUAUCCAAUUGCUUUCGCGGUUGUCGAAGCUGUGAGACGAAAGACAGUUGGAUUUGGUUCCUUGAAACACUCGUGUCUGAUCUUGGGUCUUAUGCCUGCUUUUGAGGUUGUUAUGCCAAUGGCUGAUCACAGGAUAUGUGUUAGGCAUCUAUAUGCCAACUUUAGAGACAUUGGGGGGCAUCGAGGGUUGGCAUUGAAGGAACAAUUAUGGUCUGCAACGUCUUCAUACACAGAAUAUCAUUUCAAUGAUCAUAUGGAAGAGUUGAAGAAAAUGAAUAAAGACGCCUAUGAAUAUUUGAGUAAUGUUGACCCUAGCGGGUGGUCUAGGGCAUGGUUUAGUGACUACUCAAAAUGCGACCUACUAGUGAAUAACAUCUGUGAGUGUUUCAACUCAUACAUUCUAAAGGCUCGUGACAAGCCCAUAUUGACCAUGUUGGAGAUGAUAAGGAAGAAGCUGAUGAGGAGAUAUCAAGCUAAGAGGGAAGGGAUAGAGAAAUUGACUGGGAAGUUAUGCCCUAGGAUUACUGCAAAGUUGGAAGCAAUUGGGUUGGAAGCAGUGGAUUGCAUUGCGCAGUAUGCUGGUGAUUUGAUGUUUGAAGUUACUUGUCCGGAUAAUAGACAAUUUGUGGUAGACCUCGGUAGAAGGAGGUGUGGUUGCAGGCAGUGGGAACUUACCGGAAUCCCAUGUCUCCAUGCAGUGGCUGCUAUACUUUAUGAUUGUGGGGAUCCAGAGGAUUAUGUUGAUGAAUGCUUUACUAUAGCGGUGUACAAGAAGGCAUAUGCUCCAGUUAUAUACCUAAUGCCUAGUGAGGAACAGUGGAUCAAAACGAGUCAUGAUAAAUUGGAGCCUCCAAUAGGACGAGUUGCACCUGGUAGGCCAAAGAAGCAAAGGAAAAGCGGUCCGGAUGAGAGUAGAGAUUCGAAAAAUCCAGACCGGAUGAGGAAAUUUGAAGCUAGAAUGAAAUGUGGGAAGUGA